UCGUCAACAUCUGAGUCAGUUACCUCAACAUUCGCACGAUGACUCAAAAAACUAUAGCCAAAUUUUGGAUUGCCACCCAAGCGGAACUUCAGGAUGUCCUUUUGCACGAACAUCUGGUCCAACGGUUUGAGCCAACCAAGGACAAACAGAUCGUGCACGAAAUCCUAUCCGAACUGUACUGUCGAUAUGUUCCCCUAUGUCGGAUGCUCGAUCGAUGCUACGAUCAAACGUUGCAGGUUCAGAAACGUGAGGUCAUUCAAUGUCUGGCGCAAGCGGCCAACCAACGAAUGCUGGAGCUUCAACAGAAGGUCAAACAGAUGGAACUCAGUGAGUUCACCUACAUCGACGGCGCUCUUCGAGAACUACACCUGAUUCCGGAAGAUGUACAACCCAUGCGACCUUGCUACUUUCCAUUGGAACGAUCAGUGCAACAUUCGGAAUUGAUUGCUGCUUCAAGCAAAGCACUUCAACCGUUGACUAGCAGCUCGAGCGAUGAACUUAGCAGUAGUUCCGAAAGUGAAGAAGAACCACCCCCGGAUCCCAGACGCCCCGUUGUUCGACGGGAUCGCGCCAAAGAGAAACGUGUUGCUGCCCUGAACUUGAUCCUUGCUCACGAAAAAGCACGCCGUGCCCGAAUCAUGCAACUGAACUUCCGAUUACAGCCGAAGAUAUUCUACCCGAAGCCAAGGGAAGACGCUUUGCAAGACUUCCCGUACGAAUUCCACCACAAACCGGAUCAGUUUAUGCUGAUUCCAGUGAAGCGAACUGUGUACAAUUGGAAUUACUAUGUUAAAAAGAAGGACGUAAUAGCAUUCCCUUACUACAAACCUCCGGGUUGGGUUGAAGAAAUAAUUCUGCAGGAACCUGCAGAGGUCAAAGAUAUUGCUGAACCAGUUGUUGAAGUGGAAGAAAUCCCAGAAGAAGACAACACGGAAGAGAUGAUUGAGAAGAUAAUACAAAACCGGUCAGCUAGGAAAAUCCAACGAUACUGGAGAAAGUACCAAGAAAGAAAACAGCAGCUAAGUGAACGUUAUAUUAGAUCCGUAGUAUUGGGAAUGAUUGAUGAAAUGGAAAGAGGACCGGAUUUGAACGCCAGGAUCGAAAAAGCCGAGAAAGAACGAAGGAAACGUAAACCUGAAUUUGAUGAAGCAUUUUUGAAAGCCAUAGAGGAUGAGAAAACGCGAAUCUUGCAACAACGUGGACCUUGGAUCAUGGAGGACAUUUCUGAUCACAUCAGAGCGUGGUUCAGAGAGUUUUACGAUCAAGCGCAUGCCUUCGAUCGCUAUCCGGAAAUUUGGGAAGGAGGAACGAUCCUGGUGAUCAAAGGAGAAACAUUGACGCCAGAUGAAUAUAUGGAAGUUCAGAGAAAAAAGGCAUUGGAAAAACUGAAAAGUGCCGAACAAAAGAAGAAGGAAGCUGAAGCCAAAAAGAAAGCGAAAGAACUGGAAAAAGAAAAGAAGAAGGCAGCCAAGGAGAAGCUUAGAGAACAGAAACGCGAAGAGAAAGAAUUGGAGAAGAAAGAGGGCAAAACAUAUGAUUUCAAGAAACCUGAGUUUGCUACCAAUGCGUACAUUACGAUCGAGGAAUCAAUAGCACGGUAUGAGAAGGACUGGUAUUUCAUCGACGAGUUGGAAAACGAAGACGAGCUUCCGAUAAUGGAAUGGAUUACACUGGACAAAUUUGCAGAAGUUCAUCAAGAAUUGCGCCCCAUAGUGGACGAAGUGCUUCGUGGAGAGCGCGAACUGCUUCAAAAGGCCUUAUGUAAGGAUAACAAGAAGAAGUACAAGCCUGCCAAACCGAAGAAGGAAAAAAGAAAACGAAAAGGGAAGAAGGGCAAGAAAAAGAAAAAGGAAGCACCCGAUUUGACUGCGGAUCGCACAAUUGAUUCACUGUAUGAGGAGCUCAUCGAAAAGAGCGUAAUUCGAACAUAUAAGAAAAAGAAAAUCGACGAUUUCAUCGGCGAUUACAAUUAUGCAGCGUACGAGAAAAGAAAUUUCUUACUGCAAGAUCCACCGGCUGCUAUGGGAGAGGUGCGUGAUAUCUUAAAAACGUGGCUUUUCGGAAUGGGUCCCCUGGGUCUUCCAAAGACUAAAUCUUUCUGUCUACUGGCACCACCGGGAUACGGCAAAACAUUGCUAGUAGAAGCCAUAUGCAACGAAACGGACGCAGUUCUGUUCGAUCUUAGUCCUGCAACUGUUGCUCCGACUCCAGCUGCAGAGAUUCCUCUACUGCUGCACAUGGUUCUCAAAAUGUCCCGUAUUCUCCAACCAACGGUUAUAUGUAUCGACGAGGCACACAAACUGUUCUACAAGAAAAUCCCUCCAGACGAAGCAUCACUGGAUCCAACAAAACUUGGAAAAGUGCUCUUUAGGCAGUUGGUCAAGCAAAUCAAGAAAGACGACAAGAUCCUGUUGGUGGGAACGUCCAGCCAACCAUGGACGGCCAAGAUGGGAAAGUUUAAGAAAUGUUUCGAGAAGUUUCUGCUGAUUCCGAAAACCGAUUACGGCUCCACGCAGCUACUAUGGAGACAUGGCCUAAGCAAAAAGGUCGGUAUUUCGAAAGAUUUCGACCUAUCGCCGCUGUCCUUGGUUACGAGAGGCUACUCUCCGGCGCAGAUACUUGGUAGUGUGAAACAGACCUUGGGGCUUAGAAGGAGGAUGAGAUUGGCGCGAGAACCGCUCACAGCCCAAGAGCUACUGGAAUACUUUCUCAAACAAACUCCACCAGAAUAUCCCAUCACAGAUAAGGAGUACUUAAAAUACACAAAAUUCUAUAAGAAAGCGGACAAACUCGCCAAACAGAGGGCCAAGAUGCUACAGAUUCGAGAAGCAGAGCUCGCCAAACAGAAAGCCAAGGAAGCAAAGAAGAAAAAGUAGAACUACCCCCAAGAACUGGUGAUAUUCGAUUUGAACGGAGAUCAUCUGCAUCAAGUAUAAAAAAUAACGAUCAUUUUAUUGAUUUUGUACAUUUGUUCAUCAAUGUAUGGCUCUCCAAAAAACGAUGAGACUUAAAAAACGAAACGUUUGAAAUGGUUUCUAAAGGAAAUAUAGAUACAAAUUUCGGUGUUUGUCAUGAACAUGCUUCAAAAAACAAG